CUUCCCGUAGUGGCGUCUGUUCACGGGAUCUGAGUUAAUAUAAGAGUCGCUAAAAUGGGGAAAAAAGAUAAAGGAGAUCGAGAGAAGAAGUCCAAAAAGCGUGUCUAUGAAGAAGAUGAUGAUGAUGACGAGGUAGCAGGCAGUGAAUCCCAGGAGGCCAUACCUGCUGCUGCAGGGAAACAGGUGGAUGAGUCCGCUAUCAAACUAGAUGAGUAUGGCGCCAAAGACUAUCGUGUUCAGAUGCUGCUGAAAAAUGACCACUCCUCACGCCCUCUCUGGGUGGCUCCAGAUGGGCACAUUUUCCUGGAAGCAUUCUCUCCUGUUUACAAGUACGCCCAAGACUUCCUUGUGGCCAUUGCGGAGCCUGUAUGCAGGCCCACCCAUGUUCAUGAAUACAAGCUGACAGCCUAUUCCCUCUAUGCGGCUGUCAGCGUCGGGUUGCAGACUUCAGACAUAGUGGAGUACCUUCAGAAACUCAGCAAAACAUCUGUACCUGAUGGCAUCAUCCAGUUUAUCAAGCUUUGCACGGUGAGCUAUGGCAAAGUCAAGCUGGUGCUCAAACACAAUAGGUAUUUUGUUGAGAGUUCCUUCCCCGAUGUGAUACAGCGACUCCUGCAGGACAGUGUGGUUCGUGAAUGUCGUCUCCGUACGGCAGAAGGAGGAGAUACUGAGCUUAUUACUGAGGUCGUCCACAGCAAGUCAGCGAUCUCUAAGUCUCUUCAGGAUAAAGGAGGUGCAUCAACAUCACAGCAGACCACCGAGGGCCAAAGUUCAACCCCCCAGAUUCCUGAGGACAUCUUUACCUACUAUGAGCAGAUGGAUAAAGAAGAAGAGGAGGAGGAAGAAACUCAGACUGUGUCCUUCGAGAUCCGACAGGAAAUGAUUGAGGAGCUGCAGAAACGCUGUAUCCAGCUUGAGUACCCCCUUCUUGCAGAGUAUGACUUUCGCAAUGAUACAGUCAACCCAGAUAUCAACAUGGACCUGAAGCCCACGGCUGUGUUACGUCCAUACCAGGAGAAGAGCUUGCGAAAGAUGUUUGGGAAUGGUCGUGCUCGCUCUGGAGUCAUAGUGCUCCCUUGUGGAGCGGGCAAGUCUCUAGUUGGUGUUACAGCUGCAUGCACAGUGCGGAAACGCUGCUUGGUACUGGGUAACUCCUCGGUGUCAGUGGAGCAGUGGAAGUCCCAGUUCAAAAUGUGGUCCACCAUCGAUGAUUCCCAGAUCUGCCGCUUCACCUCCGAUGCCAAGGACAAGCCAAUCGGCUGCUCAGUGGCCAUAAGCACCUACUCUAUGCUGGGCCAUACCACCAAGCGCUCUUGGGAGGCAGAGAAAGUUAUGGAGUGGAUGCGUAGUCAGGAAUGGGGACUAAUUAUACUGGAUGAGGUCCACACCAUCCCUGCUAAGAUGUUCCGCCGUGUUCUGACCAUUGUCCAGGCUCAUUGCAAACUGGGACUUACUGCCACACUGGUCAGGGAAGAUGACAAGAUUGUAGACCUCAACUUUUUGAUUGGGCCUAAACUGUAUGAGGCCAACUGGAUGGAGCUGCAAAACAAUGGCUACAUUGCGAAGGUCCAGUGUGCAGAGGUGUGGUGCCCGAUGUCUCCUGAGUUUUACAGGGAGUAUGUGGCCAUUAAAACCAAGAAACGCAUCCUGCUUUACACCAUGAACCCAAAUAAGUUCCGUGCCUGCCAGUUUCUCAUUCGCUUCCAUGAGCGUCGCAAUGACAAGAUCAUCGUCUUUGCCGAUAAUGUCUUUGCCCUGAAAGAAUAUGCUAUACGCCUUAACAAGCCUUACAUCUAUGGCCCUACCUCUCAGGGGGAACGCAUGCAGAUCUUGCAGAACUUCAAGCACAACCCCAAGAUCAACACCAUUUUCAUCUCCAAGGUUGGAGACACCUCAUUUGACUUGCCAGAGGCCAAUGUUCUGAUCCAGAUCUCCUCUCAUGGUGGAUCACGGCGACAGGAAGCUCAGAGGCUUGGCAGAGUACUACGAGCCAAGAAAGGAAUGAUAGCAGAGGAGUACAAUGCCUACUUCUAUUCUCUGGUGUCUCAGGACACCCAGGAGAUGGCUUAUUCCACCAAGAGACAGAGAUUCCUGGUGGACCAGGGCUAUAGUUUCAAGGUGAUCACUAAGAUGGCAGGUAUGGAAGAAGACGAUCUGAUGUUUUCCACUAGAGAUGAACAGCACCAAUUGCUCCAGAAGGUCCUGGCUGCCUCUGACCUGGAUGCCGAAGAGGAGGUGGUGGCGGGGGAGUUGGGCACACGUCCACAGUUUUCAAAGCGAAUGGGCACUAUGAGCUCCAUGUCGGGAGCAGAUGACACCGUCUACAUGGAGUAUCACAGUCGCGGCAGCAAAGCCUCCACACUAGGCAAGAACAUCCACCCGCUCUUUAAACGCUUCCGGAAGUAGAAGCACCAACUGCAAUUUGCACCCCUACUGGAUUACUCAGGAACUGCAGCAAAUUCUAGCCUGAGACAGUUGGUAUAGUAUGGACAAGAAGCAAUACGUACCAAGGAGCAGGCUAACAUCAGCAUAUAUGUUAGUCCAGUCCGCUCUUAAGAGAUGACUUAACACUGAACAUUGUUCGAAGUUGGCAAUAGGGUACAUUGUUUUCUUCUUGAAAUGAUAUUGACAAUGGUAGCCGCUUAAGAAAACAGGUAUUGGAGGCUCUGUGUAAAGACAAGUUCAGGAUCUCUCUCAUUACAGUGCCUUGCAGAAGUAUUCAACCCCCUUGACAGUUAUCACUAAUUUCUGGAUUAUAAAAGAUACUCACACAUUUGUUCCUGAACGAUAUUAUUUUUGUGACCCCGUAAGCUCUAACAGCAUGUUUCCAAAGACAAAAUAAGUUAUGUUUCAUUGACUUCUUAUUAAUAAAUUGAAAACUGAAAUACAGUGCUUGCAUAAGUAUUCAACCCCUUAAGCUCUGAAAGCUCCAAGUUUACAGAAAUGACUAAAACUAAAAUGAAUAAAUAAAAAACUAAACUGAAAUGAAUUACUCCUAAAACAAACUUGGGUGAACACAGUUGGACAUAAUUAGUGUGCACCUGUAAGAUAUUAAAGUAACGGUCUCAUUUAUGGGUAUAAAAAGCACUCUGUGUAAAGUUCAUUAGCUGGGCGUGAACUCCAUCAGAAAAUGAAGACAAGGGAGCAUAAUACUGAAGUAAGACAAAGUGAUUAAAAUGCUGAAGGUGGGAAAGGGAUACACAAUAAUAUCCAAGUGUUUGGAUGUCCCACGGAACACUGUUUGAUCCAUUGUCAGAAAGUGGAAGCUGUAUCACACCACCCAGACGCUUUGCAGGACAGGCUGUCCCUCACAGCUAAGUGUCCGAGCAAGAUGUAGGCUGGUGAGGAAAGCCACAGAUAAUCCUGCAAUCACUUUGAAGGAUGUCCAGAGGUCAGUGGCUGAAACUGGAGUAAAUGUGCAUGAGUCAACCAUAUCACGGGCUAUCCAUAAGUCUGGCCUGUAUGCGAGGGUGGCAAGAAAGAAGCCAUUGCUCAAAAUUAUGCAUAUAAAAACAUGCUUGGAGUUUGCUACCAAACACGAGAGAGACCCAGUUAGGAUGUGGGUAAAGGUUUUGUGGUCAGAUGAGGCAAAAGUUGAGCUUUUUGGCCAAAACUCAAAAGCGUUGUGUGUUGCAAACCUAACAUUGCUCAUGCCCUAAAAACACCCUCCCUACAGUGAAGCAUGGUGGCGGCAUAAUGCUAUGGGGUUGCUUUUCAUCUGCAGGCACUGGAAACCUUGUUCAGAUUGAGGGAAGAAUGGAUGGAGCUAAAUACAGGGAAAUAUUGGAGGAAAACCUGCUGCAGUCUGCCAUAAAACUGAAGCUUGGGAGAAGGUUCACCUUCCAGCAGGACAAUGAUCCUAAGCACAAGGCAAAAGCAACAAUGGCAUGGCUCAGCAACAAAAAGGUGAACGUUUUGGAGUGGCCAAGUCAAAGUCUGGACCUCAACCCCACUGAAAAUCUGCGGCACUGACUGAAAAUCGCAGUCCAGAGGCGCUAUCCGACCAGCCUGCAAGACCUGAAAAAAUUCUGCCAAGAAGAAUGGGCAAAAAUUAUUCCAGAGGAAUGUGCAAAGCUUGUACAUACUUACCCCAAGAGAAUCAUGGCCGUUAUUGCCACAAAAGGGUACUCUACAGUGUGUCUGGAUGGCGUAGCAGUCUAUUCUGUUGCCUACCAAUAUGGAGAUAACCGGUUCCAAUCCCUGUGUUACCUCCUGCUUGGUCGGGCGUCCCUACAGACACAAUUGGCCGUGUUUGUGGGUGGGAAGCCAGAUGGGGGUAUGUGGUCGCUGCACUAGCGCUUCCUCUGGUUGUUCGGGGCGCCUGUUCAGGGGGGAGGGGGAACUGGGGGGAAUAGCGUGAUGCUCCCACGUGCUAUGUACCCCUGGCAAAACUCCUCACUGUCAGGUGAAAAGAAGUGGCUGGCGACUCCACGUGUAUUGGAGGAGGCAUGUGGGAGUCUGAAGCCCUCCUCGGAUCGGGAGAGGGGGUGGAGCAGAGAUCAGGACGGCUUGGAAGAGUGGGGUAAUUGGCCGCAUACAAUGGGGGAGAAAAACGGGGGGGAGCAGUCAUAAAAACAUAACUUAUUUUGACUUUGGGAACAUGCUGUUAGAGGUUAUGGGUUCACAAAAAUAACGUCGUUCGGGAACUGAUGUGUGAGUAUCUUUUAUAACCCAGAAAUAAGUGAUGACUGUCAAGGAGGUUGAAUACUUUUUCAAGACACUGUAGUUGUUCUUUGACAACUCUUAUAUCCCGUGUGUACCCUAUGCCUUUCAAAAGGGACACCAAAUGACAGAGGAUGAGUGUUACAGUUUGAUGUAAAAAUUAUACUGACCUUGAAUGGAGUACUAAGGAUUGGCUAUAAUUCUCAUUAUCUUUGUUAGCCUUUUGGGAGGGAAUGGAAUAACAUGGCUGUAUCUCAAAUAUUUGGGAAAUCUCUGCUCAUCCAUUAAGAGCAAAACGGCAACAAAGUGUGUAAGAACUAGUGAUGUGUAAAUUAGAGCAUCAUCACCAUAGACAGACACACCUCUUUUGUAAACGUUGCCAUUUUUACAGAUCAAAACAGCACAAAAACAUUGUACACAUAAUUGUGCUCCAUACUAACAACGCUCGGCAAAACAAUUGUUUUUUUCUGUUCAGGAAUUUUGUUUUGUGAAUUGUCAGUGUUCAAGAAUAUUUCCCAUUUGUGAGGGAGAAAUCGUAUUAACGUUGUUUUGCCAACUGUGCAAAAGCAGUGAUGUUGUUGCCUUGAGAUUCUCCAAACAAUGUGAAUCUGUACGCAAGUAACUUGUAUCAACUGCUUUGACAAGUAGAGACCACUGAUCUCUAAAAAUAGAAAUAAAAUAAUCGAAGCUGUGAAUAAAUUUCCCUCUAAAUAGAUAAUGGUGUAAAAAAAACAAGCUUCUUGAAAGCUUUUUAGUAGUAAUUAAAAGUGGCUUGAAGAAUCGAUACCUUCUGGGUUAUAGCAGUAGUAAACUCACAUGGAGUGCAGUACAUCUGUAUGUAGUGCACUAUUCCACCAAUGCAGAUCCAUUUUUGAGACCAUGCUGUAAACUGGACUGCAUUGGAGUCAUCUUCAUUAGCAAAUUCUGCAUUUAGUAAACAUUUUUUUUAACAAUGUAUUAGUGUUUCCUAUAAUGCAGAACAUAUUUUAAAUAAGAUUUCCUUUGUUUG